UCAACGUGUAGGCAAAGUCAUAGAGUAUCAGCUCUUUGGAGUUGUGUACCAUCAUGGCAAAUCUGCUACUGGCGGUCAUUAUACUGCGGAUAUUCUUCGUUAUGAUGACGAAUGGCUUCAUGUCGAUGACACGACAAUCACGCAAAUUUCAGCGGAAGAAGUUGCGAUUUUGGAGAAUCCCACCCAACCUACCGACC